AUGACAACGGACACUGCAACUGUUCCUAAUGAACUUGAAGAGGAAAAUGAGGCCGCCGAAUCAACAGAUUCUUCGAUUCCACCAGACACGCUUAAUUCAUGUGAGGCACUCGAUCCAACACCAACGCAAAAUAGGACUAUCCGGCGUCGAAUCAACCCACCAGAAUUACAAAUUGCCAGCAAACAAAUGUCUGAGGCAUUUAACAAUUUAAAUAAAAUGAUUAACAAGCAAGAUGUUGUUGAAGAUGAGUGUGACAUAUUUGGCAAAAUGAUUGCCAAAAAAUUAAAGAAGAUGCCUGAACAAGAAAGGGAAGAAAUAAUGUUCGACAUUCAUGCUUUAUUUCGAAGACCACGUAGUGUUAAAAGAUCAUCUGUUGAUUCAUUACGUUCCCCUACACCAACUUGUAGAAAUUAUCCUAAUGUCACAAUGACUUCUCCCAGGCCAAACUCAUCAUUUUCAGAGCCUCACAACUCAUUUGUAGCAUUUUCCGAUGGAACUGACGGAAGACAAUACAUGUUACAUAUCCCGUAA